AUGAGCGGGGCCGGAGCGGCGCCGGGGGUGGCGGACGCGGUCCGGGGGCUGCGGGUGGACGGGCUGCCCCCGCUGCCCAAGAGCCUGAGCGGGCUGCUGCACUCGGCGUCGGGCGGCGGCGCGUCGGGGGGCUGGCGGCACCUGGAGCGGCUGUACGCGCAGAAGUCGCGCAUCCAGGACGAGCUGAACCGCGGGGGCGCGAGCGGCGGCGGGGCCCGGGCCGCGGGGCUGCCCGCCAAGCCUCCCAACCUGGACGCCGCGCUGGCCCUGCUCCGCAAGGAGAUGGUUGGCCUCCGACAGCUGGACAUGUCCUUGCUCUGCCAACUUUACAGCCUCUACGAGUCCAUUCAGGAAUAUAAGGGAGCGUGCCAGGCAGCAUCCAGCCCGGACUGCACUUACGCUCUGGAGAAUGGCUUCUUCGACGACGAGGAGGAAUAUUUCCAGGAGCACAGCGCCCUCCACGAUGGGGGGGAACGGGGCCCCCCAAGGGACCUGUCGCCGCCUGUCUCCUCGCUCUCCAGCAGCGACUGGAUUCUGGAGUCCAUCUAGAAAGGGAUCUCGGCGGAGAGGCCACUGCUGCUACCAGACCCACUAUCAGCCUCAGCCUCUCCUCUCCAAGAACGCUCCUCUGCUCCUCCAUCGCGGGCAGUCCCCGGGCGCGAGCUGCCAGGGCUGGCCAGUUCACCUUGGAGGACACGCG